AUGUUGGCGGCACGUCGUACCUUACCCGACACACUGGUGACUGUCCUGUUCAGGAAGGAGGGAGAUGGGAGCCGGAGAAUUGAUGCUGGGAACAUGGGAGGAGCAGACGACGGUCUGGAGGUCAGGAGACGAAGGAGGAAGGAGCAGAGUAGAGAGCAGAGAGGGCAGCGCGAGAGUGAGAGAGGAAGGUGUGGUUACAUGCGACGAAGUGGAGGGCAGGAGCGCCUUGUGGUCAGAAGUUUAAUCGUCCUUCUUUGUUUCUGUUUUUGUACGCCAUACUCCGUUAUUGCGAUGCAGAAUGAUGCCACGGCGCACACAAAGGUGAAAGAAACGGCAAGCCUCUUGGGAGCAUGGCCUGGCUCUUGGCAACAAAGCGAGACGGUCAUGUCCUCUUCCUGUUGGAUUGCUGGAUGCUGGGCUGGGCAGUCUCGCGCAGCUUGGCAGCGCUUCCUCCUCGCCUUGGCGAGCCUUCAUGUGGCGGGACAAAAGGCCACGAGAAGCACAAGACUCGCGAGAAGGAACCAUGGUGAGGCCACCAGAGGCCACCAGAGGCCACCAGAGGCCACCAGAGGCCACCGACAGCGCAACAGUGGCGAUCCACGCGGAGAAUGGUCCUCCUCGCCAGGGCUUGGCUGGCUGGGCAUUGCUCCCGAAUCCACCGUGUCUGUUCGCCGUUCGUCUGUUCCGUAUCUGUUCCGUAUCUGCUCCGUCAUUUGUCGUAUAUGUCGUACAUUGCACAAGAAGCAAGAGCAAAGACAGGACGUACCUCGUACUACGGCGCCAUCUCUGCGUCUUGCAUCUAAGCCUGGGUCCUGA